UCAGGGUCUACGCUCGAUAAAAACUAGCCAAUGCAAAAUACACUCUAUCCCGUUCUAAAUGAGUUCAGUUUCCCAAUGACACGCAUAACAAAAACAGGCAUAAAAGCUCGUCAAGUCAAACUGCGUUCUAUUCCGUUUUAACAAGGUUCAUUUUAAAUGUUGGUAAUAAAUUUUGGCGGGAACGCUCGAUGGCCGCCAUGUUUGUUUUCACGUCAUUCCGCCUAGCGGUACCGCUGCGCGCGCACGACGCACGGAUCCCAUAAAAACGGGAACGCGAAAUAUCGCGAUGUCGAUUUUAAAAACAAAGUAAUUAGAAACGCGGUGAUGGAACGUUUGUGUUUCUUAAAAACAAUGCUUGCUUGAUAAACAAAGAUCGUGUUCUUUAGUGGGAGACUUAAAAAAUGUGCAGUGAUGUAAACAUGUGUGGAAAUCGAUAUUUUCGAUAAGUUUUAAGGCGGAAUUUUAACAGUUCUCAUGCAGAUGUUUUGAAUUCGGACUCCGAAAUAGCUGACCCGAUUAACGCCAACGCGUGAUGUUAUAGCGAAGCUAUAUUAUAAAAUUGACAUUGAAAAUGAUGUGGCCUUCUUCAACAGCCAGCAAAGUGCUCACUUUGCUCCUCCUAGUGACUUUUAUAUACUGCAUCUGUAUGGACACGUUCCUGUUUCUACGCAUACAGAAUUAUAGGCUAGAUAUUUUUGGAAAUGUACCGGAGAACAGCAGUGAGAGCUCGACGUUUAAAUCGAUAUUAAAGGAUGCGAAUUAUGAAGAUGUUCUAUGGGUUCCAUGCAGUAUAAAUCCAUUAUGUCACCCAACGGUCAAAGCGUUGAUGAUAGAUCAUAUAAACCAUUAUAUCUACGGACCUUUUUGUUCUCUAGUCGACAUAGCGCUUGGGAUCUCAAAACGCUGGCUAUUCCUGACUCCGAACAUGAUUUCGUUUUUCCACGUUUUCGUGGCUUUGAUCGGAGCGAAACUUUUAACCUGCCAGAGUUUAGCUGCACGACGAUUCGCAGUUGUUUUAUUCCAAAUUCGAAUGUUUUUAGACGACCUUGACGGUCAUGUAGCUAGAGAAAGAAAGAAUAUAAAAGGAGAGCGGACUGAGGUUGGGACUGCCGGUUUCUGGAUCGACGGAAUCUGUGAUUUAUUAGGAGUUAUCGCUAUGAUGGUCGGUAUAUUGGUGUUUCUUAAAAAUAAUCCACCUAGAAGAGGUUACAGAGACACUCCUGUAAGCACAUUGCCUUACCACCAGCUAAAAGAGAUAAACACAAGCGAAGAUUUAGAAAAGGAUCAUACGGCGGAGAUCGGAAUUUCAUAUAAAACAAAAGUGACUUAUCAAAGGAUAAUUCAAGUUAUUGGACUGUUUUCUGGUCAAAUGCUGCUAUCGUCUCUCGCUUGGAACCGUUAUAUAGACAUUUAUCAAGAAUUAUUGGAGAAUAAUGCUGAAUAUGACUUGAUAAGACGAGAAACUAUGUUCAGAUCUGGCUUGUUCUUCUUCGCGACAAGUUUAUGGCGGAUUGUGAACCCGCAUAGCUAUCUACAUCUCCUUUCUUUAGCUGUUUUCUGUGAUAAAACUUGGCCUUUUCUAAAAGUGGUACACUACAGUGGCUACGUCUGUCUGGUGGUGGCUGUGGGUACUUCAGAAUACUUGGUCGACACCAUACAGUCUUUCGUGCUCAAUGGAGCAGAUGGGUUAUGAAUGUUAUGAUUGAUUAGGAUUUAAGGUUAACGUGAUUGCCAAAUAUGUAAUUAAGGUUAGUUAGAGAUCGCUGUUUGAUCUAUUGAAUAUAUUUGAAAAGUAUUGUUUAAGCAAAGGGUACGACUUAUUUGGUUGUCAACAAUACGCAAUAGAUCGCUUCGGGUCGAUAUCGAUAAGCUUUUAAUUAUUCUUGGAAGAGUCUCGAAGAAACAGUGUCCUACUGGGAAAAUACUCUUUUUGUCCACUUAGUCCGAUAUUGAGAAAUCUCCUUAUGAGAGUUCACCAAAAAUUUAGUAUAUCGUCAUUUUUGACAACUGACAGUGGUACCCUUUUUUCUGAGAACAACACGUUUCUUUGAAACUGGCGAAAAAACGCUUCUUCACAAAGGUUUCUCUUUAAAAUUAUAUCUAUAGAUUUCCUCAUGUACUUAGGUAUUAUAACACUUUCAUGACAAAAUACUUAUAUUAGACACAAGUGUCAAUCAUCAGUCAUCACAAUGAAAUUCAAUUAAUAAUAAUCAGGAAAAAAAUACUGUAUCCAUCCUGUCAUGGUUAAGGAAUCGGAGAGUCUAUCGCGAAAACGAACAAACGAAAUUUCGUUAUACUCAUUUGCCUCUACCGCUCGAAUAUGCAAGAGUGUCUAAGGGCCGACAGUCGCUAUCGGAGGGGCCAAGGUUCUCAGAAAUAUCGGAACAUUCACUCUAACGUCUUGACAAUAGAGGCGUGAUCAGAUAUUUGUGAGCACCCUGGCCGCCCCGAUAUAUCCGAUGGCGAAUGUACAGAUGGACUGCAACCCAAUUGCAACUUGUAUUGGAACUGCACGGCAACUGCAACGUCGGCGUUAUUCCCAUACAAGUUGCAGUCGGGUUGCAGUUCGUAGCCCUUAUCUGACCAUCUGUUUUGUGAACUUUACUUCUUUGCGAUAAGAUUUACAAAUUAUCAGUUAUAUUAACGGUGGUACCUACAUAUGUAAGUAGUGCAUAAUCAUUUUCCUUCGUAUUUUCACGGAAACGUACGAACGUGUCUUGCUAUAUCAGUCAGUCUCGGUACCAAAAGUACUGAGGUUGACUGAAGUAGCAUGACAAAUACGCACGUUUCUGAGAAAAUACGAAGGAAAACAAUAAUGCACUAUAUCUGUAUUUGUAUUGAUAACUGCAUUAUAAUCGCUGAUAAUUAUAAUCUUUUAUUUUCGGAAAUCAACGAUUUCGGGUAUUAUUAUCAUCGAUAAAAAUCGCGUUUAACAUUAGGACUUGCAAAACCAAUUUCAGAUUGUGGUGUAGUGUAUAAAAGGUGUAGCAAUAACGGAGCAGUUUGUUUUAUGCGAUCUAUACCUGUGUUACCAUCAGAAAUCGUAAAUUUUAUAGCAUUUUCGGUCAACGGAGUGGUAUAAGUAUAAACUAUUUCAGCCCUAAUGAUUAAUCAUAGUCUAAUAAAACAUGGUCUGCUCUUCCCAGAGUGACACAAGCCUACGUCACAAUAACAUUGCCACUUUAUAUAGAAACGAAACUCUGCGUAGGGGGCGCCACUACCACAAUCGAUCACAAUCUGCGGGUCUACCGCGAAACAAUAAAAUCGAAAAUUCGUUAUCUGACCUCUCUAUCACGCUUGCAUAUUUGAGCGAUUAAGAGGCAGAUAACUGAAUUUUGAUUUUCGCGUUUUCCCGUAGGUCCAUGUCAACAAACCGCCUUGAAGCGUCAAUUUCAUAUUUUAUUGUCUGUGAAAACUUAUCUAAAACAGUUUAAGGCACAGUACGUAUAAGUUACUCUACUAUGGUUUACUAACUUAGUGCUGCACUCUGGCGGCACAACAUUGCAGUAAUACCCCCUAUUCCACUCCACCACUCCGCUGCACCAAAAAUGCUAUCAAAUUUACGAUGUCUGAUGGUUAUCAUACGAGUAUAAAUCUCUGUCGCUUCUUUCCGCCGUCGUUCUAUGCGACAUUUCCAUGUUCACCACUUGGAUGCUUGGCAGUCCUCAACUGUGCAUUUCUAGCAAAAACUUCCUCACAUAUAGCGCCUUGACAAUAGAGGCUCAGAUAUUUAUGAUAACCUCGGCCGCUCCGAUAUAUCUGAAUGCGACUGUGCAAUAAAUAUUUCAACUUCCUUAUUCCUCCAUAAUAAAUAAAUCAAAUAAAUAAAUAAAAAGUAAUUUAUUUUCGCAAAACAUAGAGUAACAGAAAAAAACAAGGAUAAAAAAAAAAGACACAAUAAGCACAUAAGUCCAAUAAUAAUAGUUCCGUUUGACCAACUUUACCGAUAGUUGAUCAGGUACCGUGACCGAUGUGGCCUUAAGAUAGUCACGUUGGGACGUCUGGUUUUUAUCAGCCCUUGACCGAUUGACAUUUUGUUGUGACAAUGGAACAAUUUACACUAUCCGUUCAGUCUUAUUCACACUUUGUUCCUAAAUUCCGGUCUAAAUUUAUAGUUCGUUUUUAGGGUUCCGUACCCAAAGGGUAAAACGGGACCCUAUUACUAAGACUCUGCUGUCCGUCCGUCCGUCAGUCUGUCACCAGGCUGUAUCUCACGAACCGUUGAAAUUUUACAGAUGAUGUAUUUCUGUUGCCGCUAUAACAACAAAUACUAAAAACAGAAUACAAUAAAGAUUUAAGUGAUACUGAUCCCAUACAACGAACGUGAUUUUUGACCGAGUUAAGCAACGUCGGGGCGGGGUCAGUACUUGGAUGGGUGACCGUUUUUUUUUUGCAUUGUGGUACGGAACCCUUCAUGCGCGAGUCCGACUCGCACUUGCCCGGUUUUUUUUUAGCAUUAGAAAGAGCUUGAAAGAAGGUAAGCGAUCUUGACAUGUCUUUUUACUAUUGUAGAGAACUAGCCAACCGCCCCGGCUCGGCUUCGCACGGGUCCCUAACAAAUUAAACACCUAAACCUUCCUCAUGAAUCACUCUAUUUAUGUAGGUGAAACAUGAAAAUCCGUUCAGCAGUUUUCGAGUUUAACGCGAACAUAUAAACAGACAGACGCGGCGGGGCACUAUGUUUCAUAAGGUGUAGUGAUAGGCCCUGACUCUAAAUGACUGACCAUCGAUGAACCUUAACGUCUUAACGAUAAGGUUGAAUUGUGUUAACAAUGGACGUACCAUGAACGUGUAGGCAUUAGUUGUUGCAAUCAAGUGUUAUCUGCAACACCCGACACCCACUUUUACGUUCCAUUGUCAUUUAUCGCUUCCUCUGAUUUCAUACAUACAUACAUACAUUUAAAACGCUCAUAAAGGCUUUGUGGCGCCUUAUUACAAAAGGCAUAAGGGCUAUCGAUGUACAGUUAAUAGUGUGGGCCAUAGU